AUGUUGUUGGACGAUGGAUACCAUGUGUACCCUGCAGCUACAGUUAACUCUGGUGCAGCUACAGCUAACUAUGGUGCAGCUACAACUAACUCUGGUGCAGCUACAGCCAACUCUGGUCCUUCUACAGCUAACUCUGGUGCCACUACAGCUAACUCUGGUCCUUCUACAGCUAACUCUGGGCAGCUACUUGCUAACUCUGGUGCAGCUACAACUAACUCUGGUGCAGCUACAGCUAACUCUGGUGCAGCUACAGCUAACUCUGGUGCCGCUACAGCUAACUCUGGUGCCGCUAACUCUGGUGCAGCUACAGUUAACUCUGGUGCAGCGACAGCACACUCUGGUGCAGCUACAGCUAACUCUGGUACCGCUACAGCUAACUCUGGUGCCACUACAGCUAACUCUGGUGCAGCUACAGCUAACUCUGGUGCCUCUACAGCUAACUCUGGUGCCGCUACAGCUGUCUCUGGUGCCUCUAAAGCUAAUUCUGACGCCACUAACUCUGGUGCCUCUACAGCUAACUCUGGUGCCUCUACAGCUAACUUUGGUGCCGCUACAACUAACUCUGGUGCCACUAACUCUGGUGUCUCUAUAGCUAACUCUGGUGCCGCUAACUCUGGUGCCUCCACAGCUAACUCUGGUGCCACCAACUCUGCUAACUCUGGUGCUGCUAACUCUGGUGCCUCCACAGCUAACUCUGGUGCCACCAACUCUGGUGCCUCUACAGCUAUCUCUGAUGCUUCUACAGCUAACUCUGGUGCCUCUACACCUCAUUCUGGUGCCACUAACUCUGGUGCUACUACAGCUAAAUAUGGUGCCUCUACACCUCACUCUGGUGCCGCUAACUCUGAUGCCUCUUCAGCUAAAUUUGGUGCCACUAACUCUGGUGCCUCUACAGCUAACUCUGAUGCUUCUACAGCUAACUCUUGUACCUCUACAGCUAACUCUGCUAAAUCUGGUGCCACUAACUCUGGUGCUGCUACAGCUAUCUAUGAUGCCUCUACAGCUAACUCUGGUGCCUGUAAACCUCACUCUGGUGCCACUAACUCUGGUGCCGCUACAGCUAACUCUGCUAAAUCUGGUGCCACUAACUCUGGUGCUGCUACAGCUAUCUCUGGUGCCUCUACAGCUAACUCUAGUGCCUCUACACCUCACUCUGGUGCCACUAACUCUGCUAACUCUUCUGCCUCUACAGCUAACAUUGGUGCCUCUACAGCUAACUCUGGUGCCUCUAACUCUGGUGCCUCUACAGCUAACUCUUCUGCCUCUACAGAUAACUCUGGUGCCACUAACUCUGGUGCUGCCACAGCUAACUCUGGUGCUGCUACAGCUAUCUCUGAUGCCGCUAUCGCUGGUGCCUCUAAAGCUAACUCUGGUGGCUAUACAGCUAACUCUGGUGGCUAUACAGCAAACUCUGGUGCCUAUACAGCUAACUCUGGUGCCUCUACAGCUAACUCUGGUGCCUCUACAGCUAACUCUGGUGCCGCUACAGCUAACUCUGAUGCCGCUGUCUCUGGUGCCUCUAAAGCUAACUCUGGUGCCUAUACAGCUAACUCUGUUCCCACUAAAGCUAACUCUGGUGCCUCUACAGCUAUCUCUGGUGCCUCUACAGCUAUCUCUGGUGCCUCUAAAGCUAACUCUGGUGUCUCUACGGCUAACUCUGGUGUCGAUACAGCUAACUCUGGUGCCUCUACAGCUAACUCUGGUGCCUCUACAGCUAACUCUGGUGCCGCUACAGCUAACUCUGGUGCCACUACAGCUAACUCUGGUGCCGCUACAGCUAUCUCUGGUGCCCCUAAAGCUAACUCUGGUGUCUCUAAAGCUAACUCUGGUGUUUCUACAGCUAACUCUGGUGCCGCUACAGCUAACUCUGAUGCCGCUGUCUCUGGUGCCUCUAAAGCUAACUCUGGUGCCUAUACAGCUAACUCUGUUCCCACUAAAGCUAACUCUGGUGCCUCUACAGCUAUCUCUGGUGCCUCUACAGCUAUCUCUGGUGCCUCUAAAGCUGACUCUGGUGUCUCUACGGCUAACUCUGGUGCCGAUACAGCUAACUCUGGUGCCUCUACAGCUAACUCUGGUGCCUCUACAGCUAACUUUGGUCCUUUGCGUUGUGUUAAUCCAACCCUUGGGUGGGAGCUGCAGGAGUUCCUCCCAUCUCCGGGACAACGGCAGAUGGCAGCCUGUUCUGACUGUGUGUGA